GCCCGCCAAGCGCUCGCGCGGCGCGCGGCGAGCGGCGCCUCUUCCGCCCCCGCAAGAAGGCCGCGGCAGCCGCGUGGGCGGCGGGGGAGGCGGAAAUGAAGGCGGCCGUGGCGGCGCGGCUUGACCGGGAAGUGUGGGCCUUGGGCCCGCACUUACUGGCGCUGCAAGAGUGGACGGACGCCCUGGUGAACGAGGCGGCCCGCGCGCGCGGGAGGAUGGGGGGCGCGACGCGAGCCCCGUGCGAGGAGACGGCUGUGGCAGAGCUGACGGCGGCAGCGCGGGAAGAGGCUCGCCUCGACCCGCCGUUGCCGCUGCAGGGCUCCGCGGAGGAGCGCCGGGCGAUGUACGAGAUCCGCGCGCUGGAGAAGGCGCCGCGCGGGCCUCGUCGCCGGCGCCGUGCCGCGCGCGCCGCGCAGGAGGAAGUCCGCCGCAAGGAGGAGGCGGCCAACAAACGGAAGAGCACCACGCAGAAGAAGAGGGCCGAGAACAGGGUGGCGCGAGACGCGCGAAAGGCCGAGAGGCGCGAGACGACGCGUCGCGCGCGGGAGGGAAGACGGACGCGCGCCGACAGGAAGGCGGCGAAGAAGGAGGGCUCCACUGAGCCGCCGGCGCAGGCGGCGCAGAAGAAGAAAGCCGCCUGGAACGCGAAGAGCGAAGCUAAGCGCGCAGCCCCGCCGGAGCUGGCGGCCCACCGGGAGUACAAGACCCACACGCGCGCGAACGCGCGCGCGGUAAAAAAAGGGCUGCUCCCGCCCUACCCAAGGGUCAAGGCGCGCGGGCGCGACAGGACGGAGACCGUGGUCGCGCCGUCGCUCGGCCAGGUGCCGCAGCCGGCAGAGGUGGAGGCCCUCUUCCAGGCUCGCGCGGGCCGGGCCGGGCGCCGGUGCCUCGGCGCGCCGCAGGUGCCAGAGCAGCCCACCAGGCGGGUCCGCGGCAAACAGCCGGCGCCGAAGAAGGUGACGCUGGCGCAGAUGAAGGCCAAGGAGACCGCGCCGCUGCCUCCGCCGGACCAGCCCGCGGAGCCGGCAGAGGUCUGGCUGCCUUCCACGGCCCCGCCGGCGCCGCGCCUGCGCCCGCAGGCUGCCCCGGAGGCGCCCGGCCCAGCCGACCUUCCGCCUCGAGCAAGAGGUGCGCGCGGGCAGCGGACGGGAGCCCACACCCACCGCGGCGCGAUCCCGGAAGGCCCAUCCGGCCGCCUGCUGCGCGCGCUGGGAGUCCAGUGGCUGACUCGCACCGCGGCGCUGGGGCGCCUGUCGCCCGCGGCGGCCUGGGCCAUCCACGUGCUGCUCGGCCACGCGCUCGCCCCGGGCGAGCAGGUUCGAGGAGUCGGCUUCCUGCGGGGCUGGGCGCGCCGCAACAUCGCUUUCAACGUCUGGGCUCCGCGGUGGCUGUGGCGCCUGCUGUUCUACAUCGAGGCGGAGGAGACAGGGAGCGCCGGCCGGAUCUGGGCGCGCUACCAGUACAACAAAGCGAUCCUGCGUGCCUCCGCCGGCCCAAAAGGGAGCCUCUGCCCGGCCACCAUGAAGAAGCACCUGACCCGGGACAACUUGCAUCUGCUGCGACGGCCCGGGGUCGGCCUAUCUGAAGGCGCGGGCAGCGUCCUGGCUGGCCUGGAGGCGCUCGAGGCCCUCGACGAGUCCAACAUUGCGAAGGAGCUGCUGGAGCUGACGGGCGAGGGCGGGGAGGCGCUCCAGCAGGCCCUGGCGACCUUGAACACCGAGAAAAAGCACGCCCGCGACGCGGCCGAGGCCAAGGCCUUCAAGGAGCUUGCGGAGUUUGUGGCGGCCCAAGGCGGAAGGCUGACCAACAGCCUGAUCAAGGCCACCGUGGCCGCCAGCCGCAUCUACCUCAUGGGCGCCUCGCUCCUGCAGAUCACCACCGCGCUGCAGUGCCCGGCCUGGUGGGCCGACGCAGUGCCCGAGGACGCCUCGGAGGGCCGCGCGGUCCGGCGCUGGAGAGCCGACCCCAAGAACGUGGAUAAGAUGGCGGUCGCGGUUGGCGCGCUCUACGAGGAGAAGGGCGAGCGGGAAGCGCGCGGCGGCAGCGACAACUCCGCCGCCGGCAUCUUCAAGCGGAGCGCGCCGCGGCGGCGCGAGGAGGAGGAGGAGGACGAGGACGACGAGCAGGACGCGGCGCCGGCCAAGAAGAAGAAGCGCCGAGCAGCGCCCCCCAGCGCAUCGGAGGAGUCCCCCCUCAAGGACACCCGCACGAAGGCGAGGGCCGGCAAAUCCCCGGAGGUCGACAAGAAGAAGGCCCGCAAGGACAAGAAGGAGAAGCCGCCAAAGCGCCGACAGCGCGAGGUCUCCGAGGAGGAGGACGACCGCAAGGCGGCCGCCUUCGCCGCUUGGCCGUUGGGGGAGGCGCAGGUCCUCCUGGCGGCGGCGGAGCGGAAAGCCAUGGAGACCGGCAACGCGCCGCAGUCCAAGGCGCCGGCAGAGGAGAUCAAAGCGCUCCUGUCGCAGCUGCCCGCGGGACUGGAGCCGUGGAAGCCGUCGCUGCCGGAGGCGGACACGGAGGGCAACAUAGCGGGGCCCGCGGCGAAGAAGGCCUGCCAACACCUGGCAGCCCUGGCAUCUGAGGCGGAGUCGUUCCUGCUCGCGCAAGGAACGCGCUUGCUGGCCCUGCUCGCGAGCCCGCCGCUGCCGGCCUGCCCCGCCGCGCACAUCUGCGGCUACCUCACUGCGGCCGAACGGGCGCGCGCGCAAGAGGCGGGGCGCAGCGAACAGCCCGUCGGCGCCCGCAGCGCCCUAGCGCGGGCGGCGGCGGAGACCGCGGAGAAGCUUCAGACGGCCCUGGACCGCGCCGGUCUCGCGGAGGCGCAGUGGCCAGGUCUGCUGGAGGCCGCCGGCAUCGAGGACAGUGCCGUGGCGGCCCCGGGGACCACGGACUUCUACGCGCGCGCGGAGGUCCGCUGGGGCCUGCGCCCGGCGGACGCCCUUCCGAAGCACAUGCUCGCGGACCACUUGACCGAGUUCUGCGGCACCACAGACUGGCGGGCGGCGUUCGAGGCGGCGCAGGAGGCGGAGGCGGUGGGGCCGUUGACGGAGCUCCUUGCGAUCCUGCGCGAAGCGGCCUGGGUCUCCCCGAAGGUCUACAGCGAACACCUGAACCUGGAGGAGUACGACGGCCAGGAGUUCGGGCUGGCGGUCCACUUUGCCUGGCGGGGCCACGAAGCCGCCUUCUUCGUGCCGGAGAUCCUGGUGGACCCCGCCGGCUUCGGAACCAUGGCCGACCGCCGCUGCCCGCCCGAGCUGCUCGACUUGGAGAAGCGCGGGGCCCAGCCCGCGGGCGACGCAGACGAGGCUCGCGAGCGGCGGAAGACGGCGGGGCGCCGGACUUCGGCGACCCGCGCCUGGCUGGAAGAAGCUCUGGAGGAAGACGAGGCCCCCGUGUCGGCGGACGUCCUGAACCUGCUGGCGGAGGAGAUGGGCUACUGGCUCAGCCCGAGCUGCUGGCGCGAGGAGACGGCAGUCGGCGGCUACGACGUCGCCGCCCCUGAGCCAGACUCAGAGGUCCAGCGGGUGCUCCUCGAGGCGGCCGAGGACGAAGCCAGCCAAGCAGAGGCCCGCCACGCCCCGGCCAUCUUGCGGGAGCCGCUGCCCGGAGUCGAGACGGAGGAGGAAGAGGCGGCCCCGCGCCGGCGCCUGCGCCGGAAGCAGCCCCCGCCGCCGGCCUGGCAAGACAUCGCGCCGGCCGCGCCAGCGGCCGCCGAGGCAGAAGUGCUCCACAAGAAGCCCGCGGCCAGGCAGACGCGGCCAAACGAAAACUGCCCCGGCCAGGACGCCGGAAGCCCCUGCGUCUUUGCCUCGCGCGGCGACCGGCUCGGGCAAGCCGCCCGCGUCAGUGAAGGCGCCGCGCGCUGCCUCUUCUGCUCGCCGGACAAGUUGGCCGCAGCGCAAGCAUGGGCGGAGGCGGGCCGGCAGGACCUCCAAGAGCAGGCCUUGAGUCGCCUGCCGCCCGCUGAGCGCCCGGCCUUCGAGAAGGCGCUGGCACGCCCAUCCCGGGCCGCCGCGGCAGUCGCCGCCCGGCAAGAGGCCGCAUCCUGGGACCAGCUGCUGAAGACGCGGACAAGCUUCCAGCCGCCCCCCGGAGAGGGAGACCUCGCGCGAGCUGAGGCGGACAACGCCAGCGACGCCCGGCGCCUGCGGAACAAGUUCGGCCCGGCACUGGCGGCGCGGGCGGCAGAAGAGGCUGCGGAGCAGGCCGACGAGGCGCCGUGGCGGUCGGUGGUUGCCCGAAAGUUUGAGGCCUGGUGCCAGGAAGGGGCCUGGGCGAUAUGCGAGCAAUGCCGUCGGCUGCAGAAGCGGCCGCUGCGGGAGAACGACCUGUCGGGCAAGCGUCAGCGCAAGCACACGACCAAGAAGUGCGGACACUGCAAGGACGGCGUUGGCUAUCCGGCCGUCAGCCCCAACCUGAUCCCUGCGGAGCUCCGCAGCCUGAGCCCCGACGUCCUGUGGGCGCUGCGGCCCCUGGAGCCUUGCCCCGGACCAAUCGCAAGGGCCAGCCACGGCUACCGCGUUCACACGGACAUGACGCGCUUCUGGUGGCGCCCGCAAGCCGUGGAGGACCAGCUUGCGGAACUGGAGGACGAGGCGGACCUCCAGGCGGGCAGCGACGCCUACGGCUACCUCACGAACUCCGGCGCCAGCUCCUACCAGAAGUUUGUGGACAUGCACAAAAAGUUCCUCCGGCGGAACCGCGCCACCUUGACGGGCGACCCCUGGGACCAGCAGCUGCAGCUGCCGCGCCGGGCGCUAGAGGAGGAGGGCAUCGAGUGCGCGGCGUGGCCCCAGCUGUACCCCGCCACGGCCAUGUGCGAAACGCACAUACGUCUGGCGGACGCCCGUCGGCAGGAGCGGCGACGACCCAGGGCGGCGGACGGCGAAGAGAGCGAGGAAGAGCUGGAAGGCAGCGGCGGCGAGGCGGAGGCGGACCCGGCCGAGGCGGAGGCGCCGCUGGACUUCGCGCGCUCCAACCGCAACACUGCCAAGAGCUCCUACCUGGCCAAGGUCCUCAGCCCGGUCCUUGGCUACGGCGCGGACUACGAGCUGUUCCAGUUCGUGUACGACCUGUGGCUUUGGAGCAGCCUCGGCGCCAAGAAGAACGCCGUCCAGGACGAGGCGUGCAAGCUUCUCCGAGCCAAGCUCCGCCUGCCCGUGGCCGAGAGCUUGCGCCUCGCGCAUGUCCUGGCGGAGCUGGCCUGGAAGUCGCACAUCUUCAGCGCCAAGGACGGCUCCGGCGGACGGACGGUCCUCAACUUCUUCGGCCGCUUGGAAUACCAGGACGGCAAGCGCAAGCGCUACGUCAACGAGCAGGAGGCGGCCACGCAGUUCUACCACGGCCGAGGCACGGUCCACUUGCACAUGCUCGUCUGGCUCCGUCACGUCGAGGCCGUCAAGCUGGAGGAGGCCGUCUCGGCGUCAACGCCGGAGGACAACCCAGGCCUGGCCUCGCUGGUCGAGGGCUCGCAGCGGUCCCGGCAGCGGCUGGCCAAGGACUUCUGCAAGCGCAACAAGAAGGGCGUCUACGAGGGCAUCCGCGCCUACCUGCCCGAAGUGCUGGCGAGCCUGUGGUGUCACACGGACGUCCAGCUGUCCGACGGGCGGGGCAUGCUCUUGAAGUACUGCUCCGGCUACGUCCCGAAAUUUUCAGACAGCUUUACGACGGACUGGCUCAACGACGCCUGCAGCGACUACGCGGUGGCCAGGCGCGUCCUGACCGACUACCACCCGCUCGAGCCCGAGAUGACCUUGCAGCUGGCCAUGCAAUGGUUCCCGCAGGUCUUCGCGGGCAGCACCCUGCAGCGCUUCCGGGUCCCAGUGCCUUGGAAGGCCGACUGCCCGGAGCGCGUCCAGCAGUACAUGAACAGCGAGUGGCGCGCGGACGCGAUGCCUCUCAUCGAGUUCCUCCGAAAGACAAACGGCCAAGGGAAGAUCCACAAGAAACUCGAGCGCCGCCGCAAGGAAGAGGGCGAGGUCGCCAUAGCCGCGACGUGUCUGUCGCGCUACAACGACGAGUACUACGGGCAGUGGGCCCUACUGAAUGUCCCCUUCUGCUCCAUGGACGAGCUCAGGCCCGAGGGCUUAGAGAAAGUCCCGGCCCACCUCUACCACCAGGGCCUGAUCCAGCGCUACCUCGACGGCGAGCUCGACAAAGACGAAGACGAGCCGGCGGCGGAGCCUCGCGCUGGGGCGCCCAAACUGUCGGGGCAGCAGGCGAGGAUCGCGGAAGAGAUCCUGGAGUCUGUCGGCAAGGGGCUUUGGCAGCGGCAGGCGAGGGAGGACGCCUGGAAAGGGGAGGCCAGGGACGAAGCCGAGGACGACCCGUUCGAAAAGCCCGCCGCCUGGCGGCCCGCCUUCGCGGUCCUCGGCCCAGCCGGCAGCGGCAAGUCCACGGCCGUCCACGAGGCCAUCCGGCAGGCCGCCGACCGCGGGGCGCGCGUGCUGCUGACCGCCCCGACCGGGCGACUGGCCGCCACGCUGCGGGAGCGGUUUCCGGGGCUGGAGGUGGACACCGUGCGCGGGGCGUUCCUUGCCUACAAGCCUGUCCACGAGGCGCUGGAGGUCAUGUGGCCCUACGACCUGAUCGUCGUAGAGGAGGUGGGCCAACUGAGCCGGGAGCUUUUCGAGCGGCUCAUCACUCAGUGGCGCGCGGCGGAGCGGAUCCCGACCCUGGUGUUUGUCGGCGACUUCCACCAGCUGCCCGGCGUGGAGCCGACGACAGCGCUGGACUCGCCGCAGUGGCAUCACGUGCAAGUCCAGAAGCGGCACCUCCACGAGAUGAUCCGCUGCAAGUGCCCGAUCCUCCGGAAGAAGCUGGAGCUGCUGCGGACCGGCAAGCCCUCGCGGCAGCAGCUGAGAGCCAUCUUGAAGGGACACAAGGCGCCCUCGCGCGGCCGAGCCGGCUACGUCACGAACGAGAUCCCCACGCUGGACGACGUGGCCCACAUCCUGGCAGAGACGCCGGAGACGACAUUCCUCACCGUCAGCCGCGGCGCCAGCGCCCGCUUGAACGGCCUCGCCACGCAGGCCCUCUUCGGCGACAGCGCUCCGCUCGCCGUUGUGCCGGCCGACCCCGAGAGCAACGUGGACAACUACGUCCGCGGCAAGCUCGUGGCCGAGACGCCGCUCGAGACGCCCCUCUUCGCGGGCGCGCAGGUGGUCCUGACCAAGAACCUCAACAAGACCGUCGGGUUCGUCAACGGCAUGGGCGCCACCGUCCUGGGCAUGGACAACGACAACGUGAUGGUUCGAACGGACCAGGGCGCUCGCCUGGCGAUCCACCCGUGGACGUCGGAGAACCACGUGGUCCACUACCCCCUGCGCUUGGGCUACGCGAGCACGUUGCACAAGGCCCAGGGCGCCACGCUGGCCCACAUCACCGUGUGGCUGGACAUCCCGAACAUGCCCGCCGCCGCGUACGUGGCGCUGAGCCGCGUGGAGUUCGACGCGAACUGGCGCUUCCUCGGCGACCCGGGGGUGCACCGCUUCACGCCAGCUCGCUUCCACUGA